AUGGAUGGAACGAGGGAUGAUGGAGAAAGGUUCGGAAGGGGUGCGGCCGCGACGCGAGCAAUCAGCCCACGAGUCAGAAACGCUGCGGCGGUUACGCUGAUCCUCUUCACGCUCAGCCUUUACAUCGAUGGGAAACCCUUCGAGCCGGCGUUUACAACGAUGAUUAAAUCGCGCCGCUGUUUUUAUCGCAAUUUCAGUGUUACAAAAAUUUCAAUCAUAACAGAUCGUGACGGUGCAGAACUUUUCAAUGAAUUAUAUGCAGACGCUUUAUCUGAUUGUUCGAGUGAUUUUGAAAUUUUGUAG